GUUCGGUACCCCCGUCGCUUCGCGAUAACACUGUAUGCAGCCCGCCUGCAAGCUACAUACAUAAAACCUGCACGGACUGAAACAAGGCCUGCGUGAUAUCACUGAAUCAGCGCUUUUUCUCCGCACGUUCCACUCACUCACGCGCCGCAUUGUGGUCGCGCGGUUGGAGAUGUACGACAAACCGAACCUUGAGUGCCAGGAUGGGGAGCGACUUGGCCUGCGCGAGAAAGCUGGGAUGGGGCUGGCCGGGAAGGAAAGAAGACGCGGAGGAGGAGGGCGGCGACGCGUUGUGCGCUGGGGAUUCGUCACCGUCGCGGUGUGCUUGCUCGUGUCGGCUGCGAUGAGCCGGGCGAUGUGGUCUGUUCUGCGGUCGCGUCCCGCUGCGAACUCUGCUCGUCCGGGACAGUUGGACCAAGCGCACGGUGCGCCGUUCAACCGCACGCCUGACGUGCAGUUCGACAAAUACAGUCUGAUUAUCAAGGGGGAGAGGGUGUUUCUACACUCCGCCGAACUGCACCCGUUCCGGCUGCCCGUGCCCACGCUCUGGCGCGACGUCCUGCUCAAGUUCAAGGCCGCGGGGCUCAAUGCAGUGAGCAUCUACACUCACAUGGGGGUGCACAACCCCGCCCGCGACGUGCUCGACUUUGGCGCGCCGCUCGGCGCGGGGGAGGACGGGGGCUGGAAGAGUCUGCAGGGGUUCUUGAGCAUCUGCAAGGAGGUCGGCCUGUGGGUGGUGGUCAGACCGGGACCGUACAUCAACGCGGAGACCUCGGCUGGGGGCAUCGCGCACUGGAUCACGACUGAAGUCGCCGGCCCGCUGCGCACGAACGCGAGCGACUGGGAAGACGCGUGGCGGCCUUAUGUCGCUGGCAUCUCGGCGGAAGUGCGUGCAUGGCAGGUCGAUCGCGGGGGCCCGGUCAUUGCGGUGCAGAUCGACAACGAGUACACGCAGACGCCCGCUGGGCACGGAGAGUACUACGAGUCGCUGAUGGCUGCCUUCCGCGAGGCCGGGAUCGUGGUCCCGUUGACGUACAACGAUCCCAAUCCGGGCGAGAACUUCAUCAAUGGGACCGGCGGGGUGGAUCUGUAUGGGAUGGACUCUUAUCCUCAGCGGUUCGACUGCUCGAAUCCGACCGUGUGGCGGCCCGUGGUGGAGACGUACAGGACGUACCACGAGCGGGUCAAUCCGAGCCAGCCGUGGUAUAUCCCAGAAUUCCAGGCAGGGUCGUUUGACGCCUGGGGUCCCUCCGCGCCGGGCUACAGUCCGGCCUGCUACGACCUGACGAACCAUGAAUUCAUGUCGGUGUUUAAUUUGCAGCUGUGGGCUUCGAACGCGAAGAUGAUCAACUACUAUAUGGGGUACGGCGGCACGAGCUGGGGCGGAUUGCCCUUCCCGGGCGUGUACACCAGCUACGAUUACGGAGCUUCGGCGAGUCUGGCCACGCUGACGGAAUCGCGCGCGCUGACGCGCAAAUUCGACGAACUGAAGCUGGAGGGGAUAUUCAUCCGGUCGACGCCCGACUUUGCCAAGACGGAUUGGAUCGCAGAUUCCGGGAUAUCCACGAACAGCGAUGUGGUCGCGACCUACCUCCGAAACCCGGACACGGGCAGUGGGUUUUAUGUGCUGAGACAGAAGAACUCGGUCUCGACCGAAACAGUGCACACGUCGCUCCAUAUCACCCUCUCGUCGCUGUCGAAGGAGCUCGACAUUCCCCUCGUCGCGCCGGCCGUGACGCUCGGCGGACGGCAGUCCAAGGUGGUUGUGACCGACUAUAAAUUUGGUUCAUCUCAUAUGGCGUAUUCCACCGCGUCCGUGUUUUUCGCCGGCAGAGUCGGCGGGCGGGAUGUGCUGUUUUUGUACGGACGCAGUGACCAGGUGCACGAAGCCGCGAUCCGCUUCGAGGGCGUGUCCAACCCCUGGUUCGCCCCCGCACAUGAUACGCCGUUGCUCGAGACGGACCUGGGCACGGUCGUGACGUUCUACUCGACCUCGGAUGGGCUGGUCACGGUCUGGGACUCGGACACGCAGCUGAUUCUGUUCGGGAGCGAGGAGUGGGUCGGCAGAGAGUGGUGGGCGCCGCAGCUGGCGGGCACGAACGAGACGGUGCUCGUCGGCGGGCCGUAUCUCGUCCGCUCUGUGUCGUACGAAGACAGGGUGCUGGAGCUGACGGGCGACCUGGAUGUCGAUCGGGAAACGAGGCUGUUGCUGAUUGGGCCGAGCGACGUGAGGCGCGUGCGUUGGAACGGAAUGGACGUUGUCACUGACGCCGGUGUUGCGUCGGUUCGCGCGCUGACCCUGGUGCCCCGACUCCAGAAGCAGUCGCCUGCGAUCCCGGAUCUGGGCAGCCUCGAGUGGUUCUACCACGAUUCGCUGCCCGAGAUAUCGUCCGAAUACGACGACACGAAUUGGGUCACGGCGGACAGGACGGAGACGAAUAUUCCCGAGAAGAUGUGGUAUGGGGACGGGAGAGUGCUGUAUGGGUGUGACUAUGGCUUCUGCGAAAACGUCGUGCUUUGGCGCGGCCACUUUGAUGCCGUUGGUGACGAGCGCAGCGUGAAUCUGAGCAUCAACGGAGGCCAGGCUUUCGCGGCCAGUGUCUGGCUGAAUGACGUGUUCUUGGGCACGUCGUAUGGAAACUCGACUAACAACCUUAACAUUCUUGAAGAAACGGAUGACGCAUUCGUCUUCCCGGCUGGUGCGAUGAAGUUAGGCGCCAACGUCCUCACGAUUGUCCAGGACAACAUGGGCUUGAAUGAGACGGAGGGCGACGACGCCGACACUAGCAAGAAUCCGCGUGGGAUCCGAGGAUUCGCGCUGUUCGAUGGGGAAGGGGCGCUGCUCGAGGGACGGUGGCGAGACUGGAAGGUCCAGGGCAAGAUUGGGGGCUAUCUAGGAUUCCCCGAUAAACUGCGGAGCGUUUUCAACGAGGGUGGGCUGUACGGAGAACGCCUCGGGUGGCAUCUGCCUGGCUUCGCAGGCUUUGACACGUGGACUCGUCCCUCCGAGCAGGGACUUUUGGCCAUGGACCAACCGGGCGUCGGAUUGUUCCUGACGCAUUUCGACCUCGACAUCAGCGAGUUUUUGGAUGUUCAUCUGUCUUUCGAGUUCGAUGAUGCAGGUGCAGACCGACAACCAUACCGCGCGUUUCUGUUCGUGAAUGGCUGGAUGAUGGGCGAGCGGGUCGCGAAUCUGGGCCCACAGAGCAAGUUCCCGGUGCAGGCGGGGAUCCUCGACUACCAGGGCACCAAUACCCUCGCGGUCGCUUUCUGGAAUAUGGAACCUGUUCCGAUUGGGACCCGGAUCAAACUGGGUAUUGAUGGUGUGUGGGAUAGCGCCCUUGGACGGGUCCCGGUUGAGGGUCUGGGCAAGGAGGGUUAUGCGUGGACGGCAGGUAGGGAUGUUUUGUAAGUAGGCUCGUUGUCAACGGCGGUAUGGUAGCUUGUUCGUCAAACGCAAGCUUCCGGGUCCUUGUGAUAAAGAAUCUUCUUGCACCUGACAAGACACGGUCACGCAGACAAUGAUUUUCGGCGCGCUCCAAAUGGGGAUAGAGAGGUUGCCACCACCCACUUCCUGCUAUAUAUAGGAAGGAGCCACCGUUCAAGUGCUUGCUCUGUGUCUACCACCACCUUGCUAGAUGCCCCAGCAUUCGCUCAUGGAGAAAACAACGCAUCUGGCUUUGAUGAAUGCGCUCAAGGCCAUGCAGGACCGGAAUACGCCCUCCUGUGCUCGUUCUCCCAUGAGCACACUCACUCCACCCACCUCGAUUUCUGAUGCAGGCAGUUACGAGGACAGCGCAGGGAGGGACGAGGGCUCCCAGACGAACGACACGGACACUGAAGAGCACGACGGAGAGGAAGAGGAGGAGGACGAUGUGGCAGGCGCCCUUCCCCGCAUCACCCUGCGCAACUUUGGCCACCCACAGCCCCUCGCGCGGCUCAAAAAGCGCGACCUUAUCACACCCACGACAUCCUUCGUCGGUCCGCCGGCGGUCCCUCCUGCACCCCGCGCACCCGCACCGUGGGUGAGCUCUCGACGCAGCAGCUCCACUUCCUCCACCUCUUCCACGUCUUCCUCCGCCUCCUCCUCGUCCUCGUCCGCGCCGAGCCGCAAGGCCCCCGCGCCCCCGACGCCCCCGAUGCACAAACGCGCGCGCUACUCGGCGCCGCCGCGCCAGCGGCUCGCAGAGGCGAGGAACGGGCACCGCGUCGCGGGUGCACGGCUGUUCGCCGACGUGCGGGUGGAGGAUCGGGCGGACAGGGGCGACGCGGGCCCUGGACCUGGGCUGGGGCUGGGCGUCGGGCUCGGGUCGCCGUUCAAAAGCCCCGGCAGGACGCGUCGGGUGGCGAGGAGCACGCGGAAGGACGCUGCAAUGGGGCGCGACCGGGACAGCAGUCCCCUAGGCUCGCGGUGACGGUUUUUUUUUAUUUUGGGGAGAGGAGGGGAAGUGGAAUCUACAUACUGUACUUACCUGCACGUUCGCUGUGCCGCAUGGUUGCUACAUAUACAUACUUGAGCUCGUCUCUGUACUAGUCGGAAAUCUCGGAUUUUAUUGCAUGUUUUUUUUUCGCGGUGGCAACUUCAGCUUCCGCGGAGAUUGGUACCCUGGGAAGGUCGAUGAAGUGUCACAUGCGCCGAGGCCGCCGCUUCUUUCCCACCACAUAUGAAAAGUCUAUUCUGACAUAUCCAGUCGACGGCGGCGCCUGCCGCAGAACUUCACGUCGGGGGAGGGGACAGGAUUAGAGCCGUGUGUGUGUGUGUGUCCUUGCAACCCAUGCCACCAGAGCCAACUAUGCCGACGCUCGAUACGAGGACGGGCCAGAAUCACCUCGGAGAACGGCGAACGUGCCAGCUGCGUUGUCCGGAAUGCGACGACUGGACCGUCUCCUGUCGAGCGCCGAUUCAUUCCAGGCAUAGGGAGCCCAUCCGUUCCCACGAGCGACUGGUGAGCAGCGUGAUCCCGAUUCUUGGGCCCCGGGCUUCAUAUGGAGCGUCUCCGAGCACCGUGUCCCGACAGUGCCAAGAGGCCAC